AUGGCUGAGAGACCUGGUACACCGAAAACCGAGAAAAAAGAGCCCGAGGUAGAAGGGCCUAAGCAAGAUGAUGGCCAACAUAAUACUCUCAAAUACUCUCUCCUCGGGCCUUCGCUCACCAAAGCCGGCCAGGACUCUGUCGAUCAAUCUAAGGUUUCGGAAAUCAUUUAUAACGCAUCCAAAGGAUCUAAGUUCUUUAACCGCGAAGAAGUCAAGGACAAGAUCUUGACGCAGAAGAUCGAGCAGAUUUUGGAGAAGAAGCGGCGUCUAGAGAAGCUUGAUCUAACUCGCGAGCUCCGGGCUGCGGAUCAACUCAUAACCCAGCUCGAGGUCUCCCGUGACUUAACGCAGUAUAUAGUCCACGUCGAUUGCGAUGCAUUCUAUGCUGCCGUAGAGCAACUCGACCGACCCGAGCUCAAGGAUGUCCCAUUCGCUGUUGGAGGCGGCGUGCUCACUACAUGCAAUUACCUCGCUCGAAAAUUCGGUUGUCGAAGUGGCAUGGCUGGCUUCGUCGCCAAAAAGCUAUGUCCUAACCUCCUCCUUCUCCCUCUCAACUUUGACAAGUACACCUCCAAAGCUCAGGAGGUCCGACAAGUCUUGGCGCAAUACGAUCCAAGGUUCCAAAGCGCUAGUAUCGACGAGGCUUAUCUCAACAUCACCGAAUAUUGUGUCGAACAUAACAUGACGCCCGAGGACACUGUCCAGCAAAUGCGAGACGAGAUUCAUGAGAAGACGAAGAUCACGGUUUCUGCUGGAAUUGCCGCAAAUGCGAAGCUGGCUAAAAUCUGUUCUAAUAUGAACAAGCCUAAUGGCCAAUACAUCCUGCCUAACGAUCGUAAUGCUAUAAUGAAUUUCAUGCGCGACCUUCCGACGAGAAAGGUAAACGGAAUCGGGCGAGUUUUAGAACGGGAGUUGCAGGAGAUAGGGGUCAAAACAUGUGGCGAUGUCUAUCCCCAUCGUCAGCUUUUGCCCGUGGAGGAGUUUGAACGGAAGAGCGUCGGAACCGAAAGCACGUUCCGAGAUCUUUCAGACCCAGUACAACUGAGAGAAAAACUGAAGCAGACAGCUGACGAAUUAGAAAAGGACAUGCGAAGAGCCGAGUGCAAAGGUCGGACUCUUGUCUUAAAGGUAAAGUUACAUACAUACGAAGUUUUGACGAGGCAAGUUGUGACGCCAAGAGCUAUUUGCGCCGCGGACGACUUAUAUAAUUAUUCGUUGCCUAUCUUGGCAAAGCUGGAGCAAGAGGUUCCGGGUAUGAAGUUACGCUUAAUGGGCCUCCGGUGCACGCACCUAGUUAGCACCAAGAAGCCCGACGCUCGUACAUUUUUUGGACUGAGACCUUUAAAAACGGGGUCCGACGGGUUGGCCGACGAAGGGACAACCGAAUCUGCCCAAGAAUAUGAUAUUCCACAAGAACUCCUAGACCAAUUACCUGACGAUGAUACCCACGAGCCCGGCUUAGAUCUCGCCGGGCCUCCCAAAGCCGAAAAAGACACCACUUACCGACGCCACGGCAAAGAAAUCCUCCCAAACCCCAACCCUAACCCCAAACGCCCAGCCCCAGACCCCGAGCCUGAGGAAUAUUGGGAUUGUCCCAUCUGCAGCCGGCCGCAAGCCACCGACGAGCGCCUGUUCAACGAGCACAUCGACCUGUGUCUUUCGCGCCAGACGAUCCGUGAUACGGUUCAGCGCGAAUUCAAACCUAACCCGAGCUCUGCAGUUGACGCCGCGCCACAGCCCAAGAGGCGAAAAGGCAGUACCGAGAAGAAGCAACGUAGCCGGACGACGAAUUCGGCUGAUCCGAGGCAGACGAAGCUGUUUUUUGGUGGGGGAUUAUGA